ACAGUCAAGAAGUCAAGGCAGGAACCAAAGAAUUAAUAAUAUUCGGCAAUGACAUUGAAGUACAAAUAAACGAAAGAAAUACCAAAUAUAUGGUAAUAUCUAGGCAAGAAAAUCACGAGGAAUAUUUAGAAGUUGAGCAUUAUAAAUUUGAAAGAGUGCAAAAUUUUAAAUACAUGGGUGUUACAAUAAAUGGCAAAAAUAAAUAUCACGAUGAAAUUAAAAUAAGACUAACUGCAGCAAACAAAUGCUAUUACGGAGUAACGAGUAUACUUAAAUCAAAACAGGUAUCAUUCAAAUCAAAAAUUACAUUAUACAAGGUAAUUAUCGGACCAGUCCUUUUGUAUGCGUGUGAAACAUGGCCAACGACUAAAGGAGACAAGGACAAAUUAGCAAUGCUCGAAAGAAGAAUAUUAAGAAGAAUAUUUGAGCCAAAAAUAAAUAACACGACACGACAAUAUGAGAAAAGAAAUAAUAUAGAAAUACAACAAUUAUAUAAAGAGCCACAAAUAGUAGCAGUAUUAAAAUAUAGGAGACUGGCAUGGGCCGGUCAUGUAUGGAGGUCAAAUGGUCUAAUGAAAGAGGUUUUAAAAUGGAAACCCCAGGGGGGACAAGAACACUUGGCAGGCCGUAACAAUGGUGGAUUGACGAGGUGGAGAAGAAUUUAA